AGAGAUUGGAGGAAACCUCAAGAAAAAUGAGAAGACAUCGCAUCACCUGCUCGAAUACUAGAAGUAACAAUAACAACAAAAUUUCAGAAACUGGCAACAGCUGGAUGUGCAUCUUCCUUUACCUUCACUGACGGGCAGUUUGAGUUCUUGAAAGGCGUGCAGGAAGAAGAGAACUCAGAAUCUUGGGCAAAGCUCUCAUCCUGGACUAAACUUGGAUUUUAGGGUUUCUCUUGUUGCCCACUUUAUGAGGCUCAGUUUGUUUCUUUUUUUUCAAUACUCAUUUACAUUAUUGGAUGAAGAAGAUUGUUAAUGAUUGCUACAGCUCAGAUUACCUCAGAAAACCACCUUCUGAAACUUUUUUCAGUAUAGAGUACAAAGUACUCUAUCUGAUUAUUUUAGAUCAUCAGAUCCCUGAUUACUUUGGUCAUCCUGAAAGCCUAUGCCUUAACAUAACUGGUAUAUUUGUCUACAAGUGGAAAAGGAACUCUGCCUCCCGUUUUUCGUAUCUUGAAGAAAAGUCUCUGAAGAGCCAGUUAACAAUUUGCACAUUUCAUAGACCUGGUCCUGUAGACGGGAAGGAGCCUGGACACAGUGACACAUUCUCAAAGGCCUUGCAGGACCGCCAUGGCUUAUGAUGACUCCGUGAAGAAAGAAGAUUGCUUUGAUGGUGAUCACACCUUUGAGGACAUAGGCCUUGCAGCUGGCCGAAGCCAACGAGAAAAGAAACGUUCUUAUAAAGACUUUUUACGGGAAGAGGAAGAAAUUGCUGCUCAGGUCAGGAAUUCUUCCAAGAAGAAGUUAAAGGAUAGUGAACUUUACUUCUUGGGGACGGACACACACAAGAAGAAGAGGAAGCACUCCUCUGAUGAUUACUACUAUGCAGACAUUUCAUCUUUGGAAUCGUCACAGAAGAAAAAGAAAAAGUCCAGCCCGCAACCUACUGAUACAGCCAUGGACCUAUUAAGAGCUAUCACUUCCCCACUGGCAGCAGGCGCCAAGCCCUCCAAAAAGACCGGGGAGAAAUCCUCCAGCUCUUCAAGCCAUUCGGAGAGUAGAAAGGAACACCACAGAAAGAAAGUAAGCGGAAGUAGUGGGGAACUAUCCCUGGAGGAUGGUGGCUCCCACAAAUCCAAAAAAAUGAAACCGCUCUAUGUGAACACAGAGACACUGACCCUUCGUGAGCCUGAUGGUUUAAAGAUGAAACUUAUUCUCUCACCAAAGGAGAAGGGAAGCAGCUCAGUUGAUGAGGAGUCUUUUCAACAUCCCUCUCAACAAGCGACUGUGAAAAAAUCCUCAAAGAAAUCAGCUCGGGAUGAGCAAGGUGCUUUACUCCUAGGACACGAGCUACAGAGCUUUCUGAGAACAGCCCGGAAGAAGCACAAGUCAUCCUCAGACCCACGUUCAUCUCCUGGCCCUGAAGGCUGUGGGUCUGACGCCUCCCAAUUCCCAGAAUCCCACAGUGCUAACCUUGAUUUUUCAGGGCUUGAGCCUAUUCUAGUAGAAUCAGACUCAUCCUCUGGGGGGGAGCUAGAAGCUGGGGAGUUAGUGAUAGAUGAUUCUUACCGGGAAAUCAAGAAGAAAAAGAAGUCAAAGAAGAGCAAAAAGAAGAAGGACAAGGAAAAACACAAAGAGAAGCGACACUCCAAGUCCAAGAGAAGUUCAGGACUUUCUGCUGCAGCAGUGGGAGAGGUCACAAUGACACCUGCCCCUCCUCCCGCCAUCCCAUAUGCUGGAGCGCCUGCCCCUCCCGCGCCACUUCCUGCUCUCCAUACAGACGGUCAUAGUGAGAAGAAAAAGAAGAAAGAAGAGAAGGACAAAGAGAGAGAGAGGGGAGAAAAGCCAAAAAAGAAGAAUAUGUCGGCCUACCAGGUGUUCUGUAAAGAGUAUCGUGUAACCAUUGUGGCUGACCAUCCAGGUAUAGAUUUUGGGGAACUUAGUAAAAAACUGGCUGAGGUGUGGAAGCAAUUGCCAGAAAAGGACAAACUGAUUUGGAAGCAAAAAGCUCAGUAUCUGCAGCACAAACAGAACAAAGCAGAGGCUACAACUGUGAAAAGAAAAGCAUCCAGUUCAGAAGGUUCCAUGAAACUAAAAGCUUCUUCUGCAGGAGUGCUGUCACCCCAAAAGAAGUCCCCACCCACCACCAUGCUGUUACCAGCCUUGCCAGCCAAAGCGCCUGAGACAGAGCCCAUUGAUGUUGCUGCUCAUCUUCAGCUAUUGGGAGAGUCCCUAAGCCUCAUUGGUCACCGCCUGCAGGAAACUGAGGGCAUGGUGGCUGUGUCUGGUAGUCUGUCAGUGCUUCUGGAUUCCAUCAUCUGUGCACUUGGCCCCUUGGCAUGUCUGACCACACAACUACCUGAAUUGAAUGGCUGUCCCAAACAGGUCUUGUCAAACACACUAGACAACAUUGCUUACAUCAUGCCUGGACUGUGACAGCAAAGAAUCCUGAGACAGAAACCUUAUCCUACACCAUUGCUGGUUUGUGUAUAUAUGACUGUUCCAGAUCCCUUCACUGGCCUCUGGGUGUAGGUUUUAAAUUUUUAUAUCUAUACAUAUUAUAUAUAUAUGAUGUACAAUAUAUACAUAGGACUGUAACUACUUUGCUUUUAAUAAUUUUAUGAAAUGGCAAAGGUUUAGCUAAGAGAAAACUUCAGCAUGAAUAUAGGCCUGGGAUUCUUUUUUCCUGUGGUGGAUAAAUCUGCCUUAAAAAUCAAUGUAACAUGGGGGCUGGGGGCUUGUUCUAGGUGCCAAGCGCAUCUCUUUAUGGACAGCUAAAAUGUGAUUAUUUUUCCAAACUCAGUUGGACCUCCAGACCCGUCACUGACCAUUUGCCUUACCUGUCUUACAGUCUGAAAUGUAAUGGGAAAGAUUAUGGGAAGAUGCCAGUUAACUGAAAGCUUUUCGAUUUGAAGUGACCUAGGUAGGAGGUGAUAAAAUCAUUCCCAUGAUAGUUAUUGAGAUGGCUUAGGUGAACUGAGUAGGGGGUUUAUUCUGAUGCCUACUGUACAGGUGUCCACGUCUCAAAAUUUAUUGUAAUCAUUGGUACCAUUGGUAGCCUCAGUAGAAGCCAAGGACUUAUGUGAGCCCUGGCAGCAAAAAAUACCUUGAAAUGGGUAAAGUUGUCAGUGCUACCAGUUGAAUCUACAUAUGUUCUGAGCUGACCCAGAAUAUUUGGUCUGCAACGCCAAGAGCUGGUAUCUUUCAUUGGCAGCAUUAAGUUAGCCACCAAGUCCUCACAAGCUGCUGCUUAGUUGCUUGUUUGUUGUGGAUAAACUUUGCCUAGCACGAUUCUUGGGUUCAUCUUAUGGGUUCCCCUGGUGGGCAGAUACACAGUGUUCUGCAUUCCACAUAUAAGCAAAUUGCAAAAAAAAAAGUACUCAAUUCUCAUGUAGGUUUAUUUAUAUGUGCGUGUGAAUGUGUAUUUCAAUUAUGUGUAUUUAACUCUUUAAAAAUCUCUUAGAUUUUAAUUUAUCCUGUAAAUUUCUGUAUAUAUAAUUUAAUAACAAAAGCCUCCACCAGCAACAGCAUGUGGAAGAUACAGAUUUGUCAUUUCUCCCUUCUUUCCUCUGGUCUGUUCCGAAAACUCCAAAUCAUCUACAUAUUAAGGUAUCAAAAAGCAAUCAUUAUAUUAGGAUUCUAAUUCUUUAUAAAGAACUUCAUGGCCUUCAAUAAUGUCAAGAAAGUAAAAUUAAAAGGAAUGUUACCAUUCCCAGCUGCCCUUAUUUCCAAAGAACCUGACUUUUGAUUCCCAGUUGGAAAGGAGACAGUUAAGCACUUCAGCAUUGUUUUUAAAUUUGGUGUGAGAUUCCCUACCAAAACCAAGCUCUGGGGUAACUGCUUUCUUCUGGCCUAGACAGAGCACUACAGCAUCAAAGGAAAUCUCUGGGGACAGUGCAGCCAGCCUGUGUCCUAUUUAAUUCCUUCCCUUUUCCCACCAGUGUUGUCACAGGGCUGUGCUGCUUAAAGGUAUUCUGGCUGCUGAAUCCCUGCCUCAGCUCAGAGCAGUUUUGAGAUUUAAUUCGGGAAACAGAGAAGGAAACAGGAAUGUUUGGAAACCAAAAUCAAGAAGAGCAGAAAUCUUAGCUUGAUUUCAUGUGUUAGAACCUUGUACCAUGCCUCAUUUGUACCCGUGGGAGUUUCCUGUUUGAUACCAGGUAGCUAGUGGGGGUCUGGAAGACACGAACAGUACAGGAAGAAGUCAGUCCUAUCAUUGUCAUUUGUAUACAUUAAUGAAAUCCUGAUGAGGACCUGCUUUUUGUUUGUUUGUUUUCCUUUGAAACCCAGCCCUAAUGUAUUUGUAUUUAAAUUUGUACACAUUUGUAUGAUAAUCUGUACCUUGUGGUAUUUGGUACUAUUAGAGGAAAAACUUUGGAUUCAGACCUUCUUGCAGUUUUUAUAUCAUUGUUUUAUUUUGUUUUUUAAAUAAAUUCUAGUGGUUUGAUCCAAAUCCCGUUACAGUUGUAUAAAGAAAUAAAAUUUUGUACUUAUAUUAUUAAAAAUCACCUUUUUAAUAUUUGUA